GUUAUGCGCCAUAUUGGCAGUCUCCUCCAUCUCGCCAAACGUCGGGCAUGCAUGUUUUUAACCGGCUAAAGAGGAGACAACUGUAAUUUUUUACAGUGACCUGCGAGCCGGCAAACAACACUAUGGAGGCCGUCAAAGCAUUUAACAAUGAGUUGUACUCACUGAAUGAGUACAAGCCGCCCAUCUCUAAGGCCAAGAUGACUCAGAUCACCAAAUCUGGAAUCAAGGCUAUAAAAUUCUACAAGCACGUUGUUCAGAGUGUGGAGAAGUUCAUACAGAAGUGCAAGCCAGAAUACAAGGUCCCAGGGCUCUAUGUCAUCGACUCAAUUGUCAGACAGUCACGACACCAGUUUGGCACAGAGAAGGACGUUUUUGCGCCACGCUUCAGCAAGAACAUCAUUGCAACGUUCCAGAACCUCUACCGUUGCCCUUCAGAUGAUAAGAGUAAGAUAGUGCGAGUCUUGAAUCUGUGGCAAAAGAAUGCCGUCUUCAAGAGUGACAUCAUUCAGCCUCUGCUGGACAUGGCAGCAGGGAUUCCUCCUCCCAGUGUUACUCCUGUCUUGCCCAGCAGUGCUGCCCCAGUCAAUAACACUACACCUGGUACCCCAGCUACACCAGCCACCCCAGCCAACAUCGUCCAGGGUUUGCCUGACUGGGCUUCCCAGAUCACCAACACAGACACUGUGGCUGCUGUGGCACAAAUCUUACAAAGCCCCCAGGGACAGCAGCUUCAGCAGCUGGUGCAGAGUCUGCAGAUGCAGCAGCAGAAGCCCCAGCCGUCUCUGCUGCAGGCUUUGGACGCCGGCCUAGUGGUGCAGUUACAAGCUCUGACAGCUCAACUCACUGCAGCUGCCACUGCCAAUAGCCUCAACCCGUUGGAGCAGAGGGUCUCCUCUUUUAAUAAGAAACUUUUGGGUCCUUUUGACUUUGGGAACGAUUCUGAACGCAGUGAGGAAACUAAAAAAGACUCUUCGUCGUCUCAGCUGCCCAUGGUGUCUGAGCCCAUUAACAGCUCUCUCUUCCAUCAACUGGCUGAGCAGCUACAACAGCAAAACCUGGAGCAGUUUCAGAAGCAGCUGCUAGAGCACCAGCAGAAGGCAAUGAGCAUAGAAGGACAGGACUCAAUCUUUGGACAAGAGAACCCGGUGGCGGGCGCUCAGAGCAGCAGCCAGUCACAGCUUCCUGAGCCAGAGAACAAGUUGGAUGAUUCCAUAGACAACCAACAGCAGGAUAUGGAUCUUGACGAGGGCCCAGAUGGAAUGGAGGAGGAGAUCUUUGAGGGAGAGGAGAAGAAGACCUUAAGCACACGGUCCAGAACACGCUCAAGGUCGCGCUCUCGGUCUCCCAAGAGGAGACGGUCCAGGUCCCGCUCAGGUUCACGGAAACGUAAGCACCGCAAGCGGUCUCGUUCACGCUCCAGAGAUCGUAAGAGGAAGUCAUCACGGUCAUACUCAAGUGAAAGACGGGCCAGAGAGCGAGAAAAGGAGCGGCAGAAGAAAGGACUGCCUCCCAUACGAUCCAAGACUCUCAGUGUGUGCAGCACAACUCUGUGGGUGGGCCAGGUGGAUAAGAAAGCUACUCAGCAAGACCUCACCAAUCUGUUUGAAGAGUUUGGCCAGAUUGAGUCUAUCAAUAUGAUCCCUCCCAGAGGCUGUGCCUACAUCUGUAUGGUCCACAGACAGGAUGCAUACCGUGCCCGUCAGAAGCUCAGCACUGGCUCUUUCAAGAUUGGCUCCAAGAUCAUUAAGAUCGCAUGGGCUCUGAACAAAGGGGUGAAGCAGGAGUACAAGCAGUUUUGGGAUGUGGACCUCGGUGUCACCUACAUACCUUGGGAGAAGGUCAAGGUAGAUGACCUGGAUGGCUUUGCCGAAGGGGGAAUCAUUGACCAGGAGACCGUCAAUGAUGAGUGGGAAGCAGCCAAGAAUUCUGAAUCAGCCAAGGAAAUCAUAAGUCAGCCAGUAAGCGCUGAGACAACAUUAGCAUCUAAUACCCAGACUGAGACCUACAACCAGCAGGUUACCAUGAUGCCUGUACAGAUACCAGUGGCUCAGGCAGUUCCCAGUGCAGUUGGUUUGGUCCCUCCUACCUUCCCUGUUACUAUGGGCAUACCCCCGCCAGGCUUUGGGCCACCACCACCCUUCAUAAGAGCUGGCUUCAAUACCUCACAGCCUCCACCAGGUUUUUUGCAGGCUGCACAGACAGCUGGCAUGGCUGCAGCAACUACUUCGCUAGUGCAGCCUUCAGUGCCCUCCAGCCAAGAUGCUGUCAAGGAAUCUCCAUUUAGUGCUAUGAUUCCUCCAACCAGCGCUAUCCCUGGCAGCUUCAUGCCCUCAGCCAUCCCUGGAGCCGGAGUGUUCAACCCAGUUGGAGUCCAAACUCAGCAAGCUACCAAUGAGAAAACUCCACAGUCUGCCGAGGGUAUGGAUGCUGCUGCAGAACUUACACUGCAAGGCAUGCAGAAUGCUGUCCGCAGUGGGAUGGGUCUGUUAGGCAUGCACCCUUCAGCUUCCCUCACCCACCCGCUGCAUCAGUCUGGUCUGAGUGGGCAGAGAAUGCCUGGCCUGCUGCCUCUGGAUGUGCGACCUAACCUCCUCCAACCUGGUGCUGCUGCUCGCUUCCCACUGCUCAUGCAGCAGGGCCCCACCCAGCAAGCCGCUGGCCUCCUUGAGAGUACCCUUCAGGCUCAGGCCCGUGCCAGGGGUCCCUUCCCUCAGCUAGACCCCUUCAACAGGGUGCCCAACCUGACCAAUGAAAAUUUAUCCAAAACUGAAGAUGAGUCUUCCUCUGGGGCUGAUGAGGGCAAAGACCAGGACUACCGCUUCCCUCCAAUGGAAAAACAGAGCACAGGCCUGCUGCGGACCCCUCCACCAGAGCAUAGGGAGCCCCUUGGAGGUGGUGGAGGAGCAGUUGGAGGAGGAGGCAGGCCUCCGUUGCUCCAGACCCCAGGCACUCAGCCAGCCAGAUCCAGCCUCGUAGGACGUCUGCAGGCUCUUGCAGGCUUCACUCCUGAUAACCGCUGGAACCAGGGAAGAGGGGACUUUGAUGAACGAGAUGGUAUGCGAGGAGGCCCACAGGCCCCAGGUGGUCCAAAAGGCUUCCAGGAUGAGCGCCCCACAUCAGGACCGAACUUCCCCAGCCGUUUUGACAACCGUCCCAGCACAGCAGGGGGAGCAGCUGGUGUUUCUGUAAACGCUGGAGCAGUUGGGGGGCCACAAGUCUGGAACCGUAGUGGUGGUACCACAGCCCCUUUUGACAGUGAACUGCAUCAAGACCUAGAUGACCGAAGACGCCCAUGGGACAGGCAGAGAGACAGAGAUGAAAGAGAUUUUGACUUCAGGAGGGAGAUGAACGGUAACCGCCACAGCCGUGAGAGAGAACGGGAGAGGGAGCGUGAGAGAGACAGGGAGCGAGGCCGAGACCGCACCAGAGAGCAUGAACGCGACAGAGACCAUGAUAAAGACAGGGAACGUGAACGUGGAGGCUGGACACCACUUCUCCCCCUGCCUACACCUCUGCUUCCAACUCCACCUCUUAAUCCCAACCUGACACUGAAUCAAGGCAAACUGCUGGCCCCACUCAAAUUAAACCCUCAGAUUCAGUCACGAUUCCAGUCCCCACUUUUGCCUCAGGCUCAGCCCAAACCCUCCCUCCUGGGUCAGCCGAUGCCUCAGGUUCAGAUUAAAUCUCCUCCUACUUUGCAGAACCAGGCAGCUGUGCCAGAGCCCCAAUCAGACACCCCAGCUCCAUCUGAAACACCCCUCGCACAGUCACCACCCUCUACCCAUUCACCUGCCACAUCAUCUGACAACAGAGGUCAGAGCCCAUCGACUGAAGCUCCCGCUCAAUCUGAGUCAUCACCGCAGCCAGAGACCCCUCCGCACAUGCAAUCACCAUCCUUGCCCACAGCCCAGUCCCCCUUCAAGACCACUGCUUCUCCAGACACUGAGACCCCAAGCCAUGUGUCACCGCUGGCUGAUGCCUCAUCCCAGGACUCACCUGUGGCCUUCACACGAGCUGCCAGCCCCCCUGAAGACACGACUCAGUCUCUGGAGGAGCAGCAAAGCCCACAGAAUGAUGAGGAGGAGUCACAAGAUAAAGCCUCCUCGCCCCAGCCACAGUGGGUCAAUGGACCUGGGAUGGACAAUAUCGCUGUGGCUGAGCCCACACCCGAGGCCUCUCCUGAGCCCUCUCCAGACCCCACUCCAGACCCUUCCUAUGAUUCUUUGCUCCCUGAAAGUGAAAAGGAGCCACAGCAGGAGCAAGUUUCCUCUCCUAAGGACGUAGACAAUGAACAGAGUGAGCCCAUGGAGGAAGCUACGAGUCAGCCAGUGGUAGACACUGUCACAGACACUGAGGGGACAUAAUCAUCACUCAGUAGGUAAAAGAUCAUUUUGUAAAGUUGUCUCUUCUUCUCUGUACUCAUGUCAGCAACCUACCGCCACAACACGGGACAUGACGAAUACUGACUCACACCAGUUAUUGUCUGAUAACCAAUAACAAAUGAUUUUAUCUCUCACAAAUACCAGUGUACUUAAAUAGAAGCCUCGUUAGUGGGUUUAUGAAUAGAAAUUUUCUUUGUAUUUUAUUUCCUUUUACCUUUUUUAAGUUGUAAUGCCACACCUCCCAUUUUAAUUAAUAUAAGCUUGGGACAUUUUAUUGAAUUGCCUGCCAAAAUGUUUCAAUUGUAUAUGGAGAAAAUUAGCUUUGACCUUCCUAUGGAAGGAAGCAAGAAAUCCUGGCUAUUCAACAAUGGAUUAAAUGCGAUACAUGUGAUACUUGAAAACGGCAGCUGCUGACCCAAUUUCUGUUUCCUCUUCUUUUGAAACACUGCUGCAAAGUUUUCAAUGAAUGCUUCUAUGGUGUCCUACAAUGCUCUCUGCCUACAUACAGUGAGACCCGUGCUUUACCAGCUGCUUUAAAUUGGAAAAAAUAAACAUUUCAAAAUUGAAUACAUGAAAAUGUUGUAUCCCCAAAAUAAAUGUCUGUAAUUUCUUUCUAAUUAUUCAGUGAACGCAAACAGAAAAUUACACGCCAGGAAAUGAGCAGAGGGAUGUUAUGUCGGGUGCAUAUUGUUUUAGUUUGAAAUAAACAUGCUUUUUCUGUUUAAAAACACAUGCUUUAGGACUGUUUUCUGACCCAGGACCAGUGGAAAAUAAGACUGCUUUACAGACUGGUACACACUGUGUGCUGUCACUUCAGUCGAUUUGAUGUUCUCGUAACUCAAGUUGCUGCUAUACCAUCCAUCCACAGAGCACUUUGUUGGAUGCAACCGUGGGACUUGUAGUUUUUAGCUUCUGAUGACUUCAGCCUGUAUGUUUCGCUUAGCUUUUGCUGGGUGACUGUUGAGGAUGGGAUUGUGCCUUUUUUUUGAAUGGAUUUGUCGUUCAUGAUGCUAUCCAACACUACUGUGUGAUGUACACCACACUGUGCGGGCCACUCAGUUUCAGAGCGCUCUCUGAAAAGAAUGCUACCUGCACAGAAUUGACUGACCUACCGUUUGAAUGGUUGCUGCGCAGUUUGUACAGCACUCACCUAGAGGAGACUAACACGUACUCCAUCGUUCUGUGCAUGCAGGCCUGUAGCCAUGUUUUAACCUUCCUGUCUCUCUUGUUCAUUUCAUACUUGUAGUGGUUUUCUGUUGAGACAUACGUCUAGAAAUCAUAGUCUGCUGUUCUCUCAGACCAAAUGUCUACUACAGGAGUUGUGAUGUUGAAUAAAAGUUGAAGGUGCAUCAGA